CUCUGUGCAAAGCUUCCCCUCCAAGUUAGCUGCGUGAUCUCUCUCGCCUUCCCUAAGCCAUUGUUGCGCGCUCUUUCACCCUUUAUCUCGAUUUCCAAUGCUGCCGCUGUCUCAGACGUGCACCUUCACCGCCACCGCCAUUACCCCACGCUUGUCUUAGACUGGCCAUCCAUUUCUCGAGCCCCUUUCCCCUCAUUUGAAGCUACUCAGAGCAUCGGUUGCCUUCUCCGAUGGCAAAUAAGCGGAAACGGCAGCGGAAGCGCCUCCGCCGCGUCCCGGCGGCCCUCAGGAGGGUAUACGGCGACCUCGUGCAAACCCUGGAAGCGGCGAUCCUUUCCUUGUUGCCCCCUCCGCCGUCCUCUCCUACCGAGUGCCGCUGCCGCGGACGCCUCUGCCUCGGCUGCGGGACGCCCGCUUAUCUUCUCCGCCAAGACGAUCCUCCGGACUACCGGAUCCUACUGACCCGCGGCUUGUGCGUCCUCUCCUGCGACGCACCGCCUCCACCCAGGGUGUUUCACGGUGACGACGCUCCUCAGCGCGUGCUUGUUAGGAAUGCAAGGGAAUUGAUACUAGAUAACAUGCUUGAAACCAUGAACGUGUUAUGCAAUGGUCACGAUAAGGAAAGUCAUUUCAACAUUGCUGGUGAAUUUCUUUGUACUUCUACUUGGGAUCUUCUGUUGCACAGAAUAGGCUUUCAACUCAUGGUGUUUCUUCUACGUUUCUCAUCAAUUUUUAUUCCUGUUAGAAACAAGAGUUACUAUCAGGUCACAGGGCAUCCAAUGGAUAAAAUUUUUGAAGGAUCUAAAUUCUUGAAAACCACAUCAACAUCAUCAAAUCAGCAGCCAUUCUUCCCGGAGGCCAUGCAGAAUAUGGGUUGCUCGAGGAGCUUAAAGAGAAAGCAACGUGACAUGUCAGGGAGAUCAAAUAUGGGUGUUGCUGCUGUUUCUGUUUGCUCUAAAUCUAAAGAUCUUGGUGACAAGAGAGACAAUGGAAGCAAAGUGAGUUGUGGGAAAUUUGAAAGAGUUGGGGGCAGAACUGAAGUUGUACAAUUUGAUGGAGGGGAACCCAACAUCAAAAUUCUAUGGGAUCAUGACAGUUCUCAGAACACAUUAUCAAAAUGUGGUGGACCAAUAUUGCAUGAUUCUGUUUUCCAGUCAUACUUUGACAAGUUGCAUUUGGAGAAGCUGAAAUCUCCCUGCACAAAAUGUCAUAAUAAUGAAAAAGAGUCCAUUUGUACUGACAUGCCUGGACUUUGUUUAAGUAGGAAGUACAGAAAGCAUCGAAGACUGUACAGCUGGCAACGUCGAAGAAAAUAUAAGGGACCUGAAGAAAAUAUACCUGGAAAAAAUAAUAAAAUAAGAUUGCAGAUGAAAUUUCUGGAUUCUGAUUGCAGUUUGUGUCAUUGGCCUUCAGAACCAUCAGUGCCUGCAUCUACUGAAGAGGAUAUCAUGAAGGAUUUUGAACUAACUGCAUCAAAAGAUACUGAAGCAAGCAGGGAGAAAUGUUCUCAUCUGAUGCUUUCUCAAGACAUGUGUCAAGGACAAAUAACAUUCUCAACAAAGAAAACUCAUCAUAGGCCUAGAUCUGAAACCAAUGAUGCAUCUGAAGGGCAACAUCAUGCUAGUCUGAAGAACUUAUCAAUUCAACCUCUAGAUUUUGCAGUGUCAUCACUGUACAACAAUCGUUUUACUCCAAAUGAACUCUUCCCAGAAGAGUCUGAUUGCUCUGCUUCAAAGAACCAGCUAAAUAUUCAUAGCCACUUUGAGAAGGUUGGUUCCAUGUGUUUUUAUUGCUUGAUUAUGCAAUCUUCACAAAAGGUUGAAAUCAGGGAUCAAAUUGACAGAAGCUUCAUCUUCUAUAAUAGAUCGUCAGCAUAUACAGUUUUCCCAAAAAAUCACAUACUUAACCUAUUAAAGCCAAACAACUGCAGUGCAAUUCGUCUUAUGAAGCAUAUAUUUGGAUUUCCCGAUAGAAGCAAAAACUUCAUGACAUGUACUGAUUGUAGUAUUGGUUGUGCCAUAGAGUCCCAGUGUUUGCUUCUAAACCAAUUUAGCUGUUCUGUUUUAUUCUCUCUCUCUCUCUCUCUCUCUCGAUCUUCUAAUUGUUUAUGGUAUUUUAGGUAUAAUUUUUUAUUAGGUUUGCUCAAGUCUCUUAUACGGAAUGCUCAGCGUUGUCAGUGUAAGAAGUUGCUGUUUAAACAUUGCAUUCAGACUUCCAAAUUACAUAGCAUGGAUGAAAACAGAUCAAAGUCUGAGGUGGUUGUACAAAAUUCUUCAAUGAGGAUGAAAAAUGAAGGUCAGCCCAGUGCCCAAGGAGCAUCGAGUGUAUUUAGCAGUGCCACUGCAUGUACUGAGGCUAUUUGUUUUGCAAAGAAACAACCUUACCAUGGUCCCAAGGCUGGCACACAAAGUUCUUUAAUGAACAUACCAAAUGAAAAUGCUGAAUCACAGUAUGCAUCUUGCCAUAUGCUUUCUGACAAAUUAUCUCAGGCUAAGCUGCAUCAUGAUGACAGGCCCUCAGAUGUUGCACUAAUUGAAUCUUAUUCUAAGCACCACCAAGUGGUUUCCUUUAUAUGGGCUGUUUGUAGGAGCAUAGUUCCAGUAUCCUUGCUUGGGAAUUCUUCUUGUUGGAAAUCCUUACAGAGGAACAUUUCAAAGUUUGUUAAAUUGCACAGAUUUGAGAAAUUCUAUGUAAAACAAUGCAUUCAUGGAGUCAAAAUGUCAUGUUUUCAUUUUUUAUCAAAAGUUAGAUCUUAUAAGUGCUCUUGUAAUGGAAACAGUAGAUCUGAAUUUGGUGGAAGCAUCAGAAAAGAUUCCAGGAAACCAUGCAAUUCUAAAAUGAUUCUUGUUGGCAAUCUUUUCAGUCGUUGGAUGCGUUGGUUCUUUUUUGACAUGAUAGUACCCAUGAUUAGUGCCAACUUUUAUGUUACUGAGAGAGAAUCCAGAAAACAUGAAUUGUUCUAUUAUCCGAAGCCAGUAUGGAGGACAUUAGUUCAACGAACCAUUGCUUCCCUGGAAGGUGAUAAAUUCAAGCUACUGGAUCAAGUAUUUGUCAGGAAUAUUAUAAGUAAAAGAUCAUUUGGUUUUUCAAAAGUUAAAUUUCUUCCAAAAAAUAAAUGUCUAAGAUUUUUAACAAAUCUUAGAGCAUCAUCUAUAGUACGAUUAUCAAAUCCAGAAUUUGGCUCAAGAUAUUGCUCUAUUGGUGCUAAAGAAAAGGCAACAAUGCAUCGGAAAUAUAAGAGUGCUCAAGACAGAGGAUUUGUUCGAUGCCGAUCUGUGAAUUCUGCUCUCAGAGAAGUAUAUGCUAUUUUGAGGAGAGUAAAGGUUGAGAAGCCUGAAAUACUAGGAUCAUCUGUGUUUGAUUACAAUGAUGUACACCAGAGACUCCAUCAAUUUAUUUCCAAGAUAAAAAAUAGAACAUCAAAAAUGCCUGAAAUAUAUAUUGUUGUUGCUGAUGUACUGAAGGCAUUUGAUUCGAUUGAUCAGGAUAUGUUAAUCGGCAUAUUGAAAGAUAUUCUUCAGAACGAUGAGUAUGUUAUGAGAAAACAUGUCAAAAUAUCUUGUAGGAAGAAGUCUCUAAGGAUCCUUCAUGAUCAUGUUUAUUGUGAUUAUAGCAGCAGCAAUUGUUGUGAUUCUGUCUCAGAGCCUUCUGUUUCAGCGGGCAGUAUCCUCAUUGAUCAGGGAAUUUCUCUCAGAAUCCAGAAAGAAAAGCUUCUUUAUGUUCUUCGAGAGCAUUUAAAGUGUAACAUUUUGCAAGUUGGGCAAAAUUUCUACCUGCAAAAGGUUGGCAUACCCCAGGGUAGUGUGUUGUCCUCCCUUCUUUGUUCAUAUUACUAUGGACACAUGGAAAGGAGUUUAAUUUUGCCAUAUCUUCAAAGGAGUAGCAGUGAUCUGGUUGUCAGCAGUAGCAAGUAUACAAUUAAUGAGUGUACUACGGAACUAGCUAAUAAUGCCAUCUCUGGUGUGGAAUCUCUCAAAUACGAUAUGGCAUGUCUUGGGUGUCCAAAUAUUACUGAUCUAGGAAAGAACAACCUUCUACCUUUCACUGAGCAUCAUGCAACUGAAGUUAAUACUGUCACAAGUGACAAGGAAUGCUCAACCUCAGGGGAGAAUUUGUUAUUAAGAUUGAUUGAUGAUUUCAUUUUCAUAUCUACCUCAAAAGAGCAAGCAGGCAGAUUCUUCAAUAGAAUGACAAGGGGAUUUAGAGCUUACAACUGCUACUCGAACAAGACAAAGUUUGGGACCAACUUUGGCAUGACACAGAAUCAUGGUUUAAUUAAUAGGAUAUACUCAGGUGCAGAUGGCAUAUUAUUUCUUCCCUGGAGUGGCUUGCUUAUCAACUGCCAGACUCUUGAAAUUCAAGCAGAUUACACGAGGUACUUUGGUAUUAAUAUAAGAUCAACUCUGACCAUUGAACUACAUGCUAAACCUUGCUAUCGUUUGAAAGAAAAAUUGCUUAACUUCGUGAAAACAAGGUGCCAUCCCAUUUUCUAUGACUCCAACAUCAAUGCUCCUGCCACUGUCUGUUUAAAUGCAUAUCAAGCAUUUCUUCUGUGUGCAAUGAAGUUCCAUUGCUAUAUCCAUAGCAUGCAAGAUGUCACCAAGCCAAAACCAAGUUACUUGUUGGAGAUAAUUGAAAGGUCAUUCAGAUAUAUGUACAAGCACAUCAUGAAGCUGAUGCAUGACAUGUUGCACCACUUUGGUAUUCAUCCAUCUCUUGGACUUGCGAAAAGAGAAGUGCUUUGGCUUGGACUGUCUGCAUACAUCUGUGUUCUAAGGAAAAAGCAAUCACGAUACAAGGAGCUGCUUUCACUCUUGAGGUCAAGGAUCGCCACGUAUGGAAGGAUCGAAGAUGCCUCCUCUCAUUUGAGAUACGCAGUUGAUGAAUCCCACUCAUCUUUUUUCUCAAAAAUCAAAUUCUAAAAUUUCAAGCUUAUCCUUUUCUUAUUGCACUUUCCCUCCUAUUCCUUGUCGGUUGCAUUUAAUGGCAAUGACAUGUUUAUUGACUUGGACAUGUUAACCUUGUAGCUCUUGCCAUUUUACCAGAUUAGUCUUUGAUGGUCAAAA